AUCAUAAAUUUUCUUAUCAAAAUUGGGCAGUUAGGAUUUUGUCGCAAGGGCCCACUAUUAUCCCAGUUUUAAUAAUCCCUCUGUGUUAUUGCAAGGAAACUGUUUUGGGGUUUUAGCUGUCUUAGGGUUUUGGGAUUCCUUCUCCUACUAAUAUUCAUCUCAUUUUCCUCAUUGAUUUAGGUUUUGUGGCGGCGCAUUUCUAUUUUCAUAUUUGUAUAUAUAAUCACUCCUUUUGCUUUGUAAAUAUUAUUUUCACAAAUCAAAGUUUGUUUGAAUUUGAGGGCAUUCACUCGAUCAAGGAUGAGUUUUCCAGAUCCCACACAACCCCUGAAUCCAUUCACAUCACCGCCAUAUUCCGGCAACGCCGCCGCAUACUGGCCGCCGUUCUGGGCCGGCUCUGAGCAACAGCAAAUCCCCCAAUUCAAUCAGUCUAAAAGGCCAAGAGCUUCCGAAAAUCCCCCAAAUUUCCCCCCUUUCCAAGCAAUGAAUCAAACAAACGCUCCGAUCAACAAAGGGACGAGCCACAUUUUCUACAAGACUCGAAUUUGUGCGAAAUUCACGGAGGGGACUUGCAGGAACGGGGACCAGUGCACGUUUGCUCAUGGCGCUGAGGAUCUGCGCGAGCCGCCCCCGAAUUGGCAGGAGAUCAUCCGGGAGAAGGAGAGGGGCGGCGAUGAUCAGAGGUUGAUACAUAGGAUGAAGAUAUGCAAGAAGUUUUACAAUGGCGAGGAGUGUCCUUAUGGGGAUAAAUGCAAUUUCUUGCACGAACGGCCGCCUAAGAAGCUCAAGGUUGAGAUGCCGGGGCAGAGGGAGAGCUCGGCUAUCAGCAUUGGGGUGAUGGGGAGCGUGGGUGAGGUUGAUCAGGUGGCCGGGUGGAAGAUGAGGAUUUGUAGUAGAUGGGAGAUGGGGCAGUGUAACUAUGGGGAAAGAUGCCAUUUUGCUCAUGGUAGCUCAGAUUUGAGAUAUUCCGGUUCGAUUGAUGAGGGAGAAGCGACAAAUGCAGCGAGAAAAGUAGCUUCCGUGUCUCCACUUCCGGCUCCUUGUGGUGCAGCGGUGGCUGUUGCUCCGGUGGAAGAGAAGAGAAUAUCGAAGUGGAAGCUAACGAAGAAGAUUAAUCGCAUUUAUGGCGAUUGGCUCGACAAUCUCACGCCGCCGCACCUCUCGCCGGAGGCUAUGAAUUAGUAAAGUAAAUCAAAUCAUGU